AAUGGCAACACUAUAUUCUACUCUGCAAAAUCAACACAAAAUAAAAUCACUUUUACACAUUUUGCAUUCAUUGUGUGUUGUGUGUGGACAAAACAGAAACUAUGUUUUAAGUUUGUGAUUCUAGUGAAACGAAAUAUAAUAAUGAAAACGAGGAAGUGAUUAGGAGCUAUCUGUGAUCAGAAUGUAGCGCUUAGUCAAGUUCCCAACUACAGUAUUCCAAGAUAAAUUAUUGAUCUUUUGUUGUAUUGCUCCUAGACUGUAAAUAAAUAUACACUGCGAAAAUGUCCGUGGUUAAGGGAAAGUUGAUGAAAAUGGAAGUAACCCAGGUUGGAGAAUACGAAUUCACCAAACAAGAUAUCAUAGGGCAUGGAGCCUUUGCUAUGGUGUACAAAGGAAGGAGGAGAAAGAGUCCGUCGCAAUCGGUGGCCGUGAAAGUGGUGACCAAGAAGGGCAUCCAGAAGGCGUCGGAGAUUCUGGUGAAAGAGAUCAAGAUCCUGCGCGAGCUGACGGCUUUGCACCACACGAACCUGGUCGCCAUGCACGACUGCAUGGACAGCCCACAGUAUGUCUACGUCGUCAUGGAGUAUUGCAAUGGCGGCGACCUGGCGGACUACCUGCAGGCGAACCGUCUGCUGAGCGAGGGCACCAUUCGGCUGUUCCUUCGGCAACUGGCGGAGGCCAUGCGGGCCAUCCAUGCGAAGGGUAUCGUGCACCGCGACCUGAAGCCCCAGAACAUUCUGCUCACACACAACGUCGCGCCGCCGCGCCAGCCGCAGCCCUCAGAAAUCAUACUGAAAAUUGCUGACUUUGGCUUCGCGAGGUUCCUGGAAGAAGGAAACAUGGCCGUCACACUGUGCGGCUCUCCGAUGUACAUGGCACCUGAAGUCAUAAUGUCGCUGAAGUAUGACGCCAAAGCAGAUCUCUGGAGCCUGGGCACUAUUGUGUACCAAUGCCUGACCGGCAAGGCUCCGUUCCAAGCCACUACGCCGCAUGAACUUAAAGCCUUCUACGAGAACAGUAUAGAUUUACAACCCAAAAUGCCGGCGGGAACGAGCAAUGAGCUCUGUAACCUCUUGAUUGGGCUGUUGCGGCGGAAUCCGCGAGAGCGCAUGCCUUUUGAAGUGUUCUUCAAUCAUCCGUUCCUACAGCGGCCACGCACUACGUCCAUACCAAGUUUGGAUUCGGAUCUGCCUGACAUUCUGGAGGGCGAUGUAGAGGGCGACGGCGAUACUAACUGUUACCUAGAAGAGUCGGGGCACAGCCAGGGCGGCGCGAGCGCGGCGGGCGUGUCGAGCGCGGCGUCGAGCGCGCCGGCGCGCGCGCGCCUCUCCGCGCCGCCGCCCGCUCACCCGCACCGGAAACCACAGCCCACCUCCUCUGCGGAGUCAUCAGACAACACAUGGGCGGGCGAGGAGGACUUCGUGGUGGUGGAGCCGAUGGAUGGCGGGUCGGGGUCGGGCUCGGCGUCGUCCGGGUCGGAGGCGGCGCCGCGGCCCAGCUCCCUGCAGCUGGCGACGCCGCGCGCCGCCGCCGCCGCGCAGCCCCCGCCCGCGCUCGAGCCUGCCACACUGCCCUACAGGAGCCCGCUUGAGCUGGCCUCUAACAACAACAUCCCGCGCUCGCAGCCCAUCGACGUGCUGCGCUCCAACCGCAACACUGCCAACAUCGGCUCUCUCUCGCCGCCCACUGUGCCGUUCCCGCUCAGCGCGGGCCGCGCGCCGCGCCGCCGCAGCAGCAACUCCGGCAGCUCCCCGCCCCCCUCGCUGUGGCAGGUCUCCCCCACUACCACCGCCAGCCCCCACAGAUCCGGUACAUCGCCGCCGGUGGGGCUGGCGCUGAAGGCGAGCAGCGAGGCGGGCGGCGGCGCCGGGUCGCCGGCCCGCGCGCUGCCCGACGCUCUGCUGCGCGGCCUCAAGCUGCACCAGCCCGACCCGCCCGUCUACAUCCCCAACCUGCAGGAGGAGACCAUCCUGGCGGUGAGUACUGUACACCAGCAGCUGCCCGACGCUCUGCUGCGCGGCCUCAAGCUGCACCAGCCCGACCCGCCCGUCUACAUCCCCAACCUGCAGGAGGAGACCAUCCUGGCGGUGAGUACUGUACACCAGCAGCUGCCCGAUGCUCUGCUGCGCGGCCUCAAGCUGCACCAGCCCGACCCGCCCGUCUACAUCCCCAACCUGCAGGAGGAGACCAUCCUGGCGGUGAGUACUGUACACCAGCAGCUGCCCGAUGCUCUGCUGCGCGGCCUCAAGCUGCACCAGCCCGACCCGCCCGUCUACAUCCCCAACCUGCAGGAGGAGACCAUCCUGGCGGUGAGUACUGUACACCAGCAGCUGCCCGAUGCUCUGCUGCGCGGCCUCAAGCUGCACCAGCCCGACCCGCCCGUCUACAUCCCCAACCUGCAGGAGGAGACCAUCCUGGCGGUGAGUAUUGUACACCAGCAGCUGCCCGACGCUCUGCUGCGCGGCCUCAAGCUGCACCAGCCCGACCCGCCCGUCUACAUCCCCAACCUGCAGGAGGAGACCAUCCUGGCGGUGAGUAUUGUACACCAGCAGCUGCCCGACGCUCUGCUGCGCGGCCUCAAGCUGCACCAGCCCGACCCGCCCGUCUACAUCCCCAACCUGCAGGAGGAGACCAUCCUGGUGGUGAGUAUUGUACACCAGCAGCUGCCCGACGCUCUGCUGCGCGGCCUCAAGCUGCACCAGCCCGACCCGCCCGUCUACAUCCCCAACCUGCAGGAGGAGACCAUCCUGGCGGAGGAGCACAGCAAGGUGUUCUCGCAGCUGAACUUCGUGCGCGUGCUCGCCGAGCUGCUGGCCGAGCUCGCCGUCUCCUGCGGCGCGCCCAUCGCCGCGCUCAUGGACGCCUCGGACGAUCGCUAUAACGAUAGCGUGCGGCUGGGCCUGCUGGUGCAGGCGAUGCGGGCGCUGGCGGCGGGGCUGCGGCUGGCGGCCGACGCCUACCGCAACCGCACGCUGCAGCCCACCGAGCAAGUCAGGCAAGUCGUACAGAUGAUGAACGGGAAGUACAAGUGGAUCGUGAACGAGUCCAAGCGACUGCACGAGGCGGGCGUCGCGCCCGCGGUCUGUGAUAAAAUACUGUACGAACACGCCAUAGAGCUGUGCCAAAUGGCGGCGAUCGACGAGCUGUUCGGCGACCUGAAGGAGUGCGAGCGGCGCUACGUGUCGGCGCAGGUGCUGCUGCACUCGCUGGCGCAGCGCGCGCCGCUGCAGCCCGCGCACCGCUCCACGCUCUCCAAGUAUCGCGACGCAGUCCAAAGGCGGCUCAACUGCCUCAAGGGGCCGCGCAAGAUCAUGGACGUCAAACUCGAGGCCGGGAUCUCAUAAUGCAAUAAGCAACAAGUCACAUAGUUCUAAGCACACUUGACAAAACAUGGGAAGUGAUUUUAUUUUGUUCUCAAAAACUGACCCACAGUGAGGAACAAGAAAAAUAAUAUAAAAAAAAUGUAUAAAAGGUAUAAGUGAAUGAUAAAUAAUCAUCAUAUACAAUUGUUUAGCAAUGAAUGAAGAUUACCAGAGAUUGCAAUAGCGAAUUAUAUUUUUUUAUGUGCAGUACUUUGCAGAGUUCGCGUAAUUGUAGAAUAUAGAUAGCAUCCUCUAGAAGAUGUUAGUGUUGAAGGAGUUUAGAAUACGCUUUGGAAUGAUGAAAAUUUAGAAUAGUUGUGUGUCCUGCAUCUACUUGGAAGUAAAAGGUUGUAUCUUUCUUAAGGUUUGUUGUUGUAGUAAAAGUUAACAACUUAUGCUGUUCAGCGAAUCAUAUUUCAAUAACAUAAGUCAUAAAAAUGAUUUCGCAGUCACUUUAGAUUUUAAAAUACCUAUAUAAAAAGCAAAAAAAAAUUUAGAGUAGAGUAUGUAGUAUUUUUUCCACAUAAGUCUCAUAAGUAAAUUAACAUUUUAUUAUUACAAACUAUGUACUGUAUUAUGUAAAAUGCAAAUUUGGUGUAACAACUUAGACACAAUGCUAUAGAGAUCUCAUUAUCGACCAAUAACAAUAUGGCAUUUUUAGGUUAAGCUACAAAUUAUGAGUAUUUUGUCGAAAAUAUUUGUAUGAAUGAUUUUUGUGUAUUUCUCUCAAGUCAUAAUCUUAUUUUGCCAAAUUGUGAUCAUAUUAUUUUUCCUCAGAAUGUUCAAUGCUUUACUGAAAAUAAGAAUAAAGACUGUUGUAUUAUAAAAUUAAUUUGUUUUGUUUUAAUAAAUACUUAUUUGUAACAUUA